AAGCCAUCGUUUAAUAAACAAGGGGGAGGAAUUCGGAACGAUCUGCUCUGUUCCACACUUCUAAACCGUGUGAAGGAGAGACCACCUUGCUCCAGCCACACCUUCUCUGGAAAUGAAGGGGCAACAGAAGAGUCCAGAUCCAGAUGGCAAUGUUCCUGUUAUUGAAGAAGGUGCUGUAGCUACUGCAGAGGACUCUUCAGCUAUUGCUACUAUUCAAUCAGCAGCCACUUUCUCAUCAGACCAGCCAAUUAAAUACCUGUUCAAGACAGAGGGAGCUGGGGGUCAGGUGACAUACCGGGUGAUCCAAGUGUCUGAUGGACAAUUGGAAGGACAGGCUGAUGGAACAGCAGCUGUCAGUGUGGUGACUGGAUUUCCUGCAGCGACACAGCCAGUGACACAGGCUGUAUUCUCACAGUCUGAAACACUGGAGGGAGAUGGCACUGAGACCCAUUAUACCUAUUACCCAGCUACCAUCUCUGAUGCCACACCAGGUACCAUGGUGACAAGUGUGCAGGCCCCAGAUACAUUGCUGAGUCAGAACACACCAGCAGGGCAGCUCUAUGUGAUGAUGUCACCCCAGGAAGUGCUCACUGGAACCAACCAGAGGUCCAUUGCGCCUCGCACACAGCCAUAUAACACCAAAUCUGAAGCACCACGAACCUCUCGAGAUGAAAAGAGGAGAGCCCAGCACAAUGAGGUUGAACGUAGGCGGAGAGACAAGAUCAAUAACUGGAUUGUUCAGCUAUCCAAGACCAUCCCAGACUGCACCAUGGACUCCACCAAGACAGGCCAGAGUAAAGGAGGCAUCCUGUCCAAGGCUUGUGACUACAUUCAGGAGCUGCGACAGAGCAAUAUGCGAUUGGGGGAGGAGCUGAACACCCUGGAGAGGCUCAGGAUGGACAACCAGCUGCUACGCCAAGAGGUAGAUGACUGGAAAUCAAAGAAUCAAAUUCUCAGGAAUCAGUUGCGACAGCAUGGUCUUGUGGGAGCAACGAGUGUAGACCCCCAGUGAGAAGGAGAAGGAGUGAAGACAGGGCAUUUAUUCUUCAGUGGACACUGAAAGAUGCAACAAGACAGCAACUAAGAACUUAACGGUUUCCUCAUCGUUCCACCUUUUUGGCCAAAGCAGAAGAAAAGCUUCAUUCUACUAGUUGAUGAAGAUGUUGAGAAGGGCUGUCUGAAAGAAAUAUUCUUCCAGUUGGUCCCAAAGACUUCAGUUUAAUGGCCAGCAGUGCUCUGCAUAUGUUCCUUCGUCAUUUCAGGUCUGGCCAGAAGGAACUGUUCAUUCAUGUACAUAAUCUUUUUCCAUUUUAGCUGUUACAUUUCACACCAUUUGACUGUUAUACAUAAAUUACAUUUGGUUUUUUUAAUAUUUUAGGGAAGACAUACAGUUCAAAAGCUGGCAUCUGAGAAGUUGUAAAUAUAUAACCUAUUACGUUUUUUGUUACGAUAAAUAAUGUGUCCUUAACCUUGAUUAUCAGCAGGUCUAAACUGUUUAUGUGGGUACAUGUAUGGGUACCUUAUUUGUAUAAAACCCCUUUAAGUGCACAUUAAUUCAGACACGGCAUUAGAAUGAACAAGUGCUUUUAAGAUUACUGCUGUUAGUCUGUUGUCAAUAUAACUAUAGUGACUGCCGCGAGAAAUAAAUGUUAGAUACUGUAUGUGCUGUGCAUAUGGAGAUUGCACCAAUGUCUUUCGGCAUUUCUCAAGUACAUCAGUAUCUUGUGCAAUUUUACGGUUAGGUUCUGUGUGCUACUUGUUUGCUGUGACCUCUGAGAUGGUUUGCCUCCCACAGUGUUGACUAAGAAGUCAAGAAAGAUUGGCUGUCAAUGGACGUGAACGUCAGACAGCAAAGGCACUUGUUAAGGUCAGUUUCUGGGACGGUCUGUGCUAAAAUACAGAUCACCACUCUACUACUGGACAUAGUGAGGCAUAAAUAUUUUAACGGCUUGCACGUUGCUGACAGGUUAUGUUCCAACCAUUAUUAUUUUCAUGUUGGGUGUUCAAGAAAGGCAAUUUAAUGAGUGAUUUGUUGCAAGCAAAGGUAAUGCACAAUUUCAGUCUAAUUUUAGAUCUGCAUUUGUUUGGAUUUUACUGUAGUAAUAUUUUCAGUAUGUGCUACAAAUUCCAAUAUGAUUUCUUUAAUUUUAUAACUGCCAGGUUAAGGCAAAAAAAAAAAAAUUAUAUUGCUUUUAUACUCUUGUUUCAGUGUCUUGCUAUCUUUUUUACAGAGAUGAGACACAGCAGCUUGAGUCCGAACCCUGACAGGGAUUUCAUAAGCAUGACCCUGCUUCAGCAUAAAAGUACUGUUUUAUC